GUAAAAUCUUGUUAAUGUAAUUAAUAGGUUGAUUUUAAUAUCAAUAAUUUCUUAAUUGAAUUCAAAAGAAAAUUAAAGCUAAUUGGAUUGACAGAUUGACAAUUCUGAAGAAUAUAAUAUGUAUUCAAUUAGGGCAGUGUGGACCUUAAUGACGUUUAGAUUUUGGGUCCUGGGGAUGUCCCUCAAGCUUUGUUUUUAGCUAAUUUAGUAAUUAGUUUUAAUCUUUUUUAAAGUGCCCUGGUUUACUCUUAUUCCCUCCAUUGUCUCCUGACUACUAGCAGACAUUGCCUUCUAUGCUCUCAUUUACCCAUAAACAGCAUUCAAAUUUCAAAGCCAACCCUUUCAUCUUUCUCUUAUUCUCCUUUUUGGGUCACUCUGGAAAGUACAUAUGUUGUUCCUGACUCAAAACCUCUCUUCAAGUUUGCAUGGAUGAUAUGCUUUGAUUUGAGAUUUUCUUCUUUGCUGUUUCUGUGGCAAUGGCAUUGUUCUGUGAUCUCCAAGUCGAUGUCAAUGGCGAAGAAGUCUUCAUGGUGAACAAGGAAACUUUGGCAUCUUUCUCUUGUCGAUUAAGCAAACUAUUUGGUAAAUCAAUGGGUACAACGAGCCUCAAAGUGAUAUUCCAUGACUUUCCUGGAGGUGCAGAGGGUUUUGAGCUCAUGACAAGGUUUUGUUACAACAAUGGAACAACCGAAAUAACUCCUUCCAACUUAGUCCUUGUAUACUGCAUCGCCGAUUUCAUGGAGAUGGAUGGUGAUAUACUAUUGCAAGCUCAAAACACUCUUGAUGGUAUCAGCUCUUGGACGUGGUCUGAGCUUCUAGUAGCUCUGAAGCAGUGCCAAGAUUUACUUUCCCCCUCAAAUUCUUCAUUGAUAUUGCAGAUAGUCAUGGACUGCAUCAUAGGCAAGCUUUCUUGUCCAUUUUUUCCAACCCCCUAUAAUCUUAAAAGCAAUUGCUCUAUGAAAACAUGGUGGUUUGAAGACUUGAUGUUCUUAAAUACAAAAUCGAUCGAAAUGGUUAUAAGAAGCCUGAUAUCCAAGGAGAUUGAACAGUCUACAGUUUUCAGGUUUCUCCUUCGUUAUCAUCAGUCAAAGUGUUUUGGUGCCAAACCAGAAGAGAAGUACAAGAUCACAGAGGUUGUUAUCGGUCUACUUUCUCUGCUUGAUAGGAGCUUCCUUUCUUUCAAGGGAUUAUUCAAUAUAUAUCAAGCGGCUUUGAACAUGAAAGUAGGCAAGAAAUACAAAAACAAGUUGGAGAUUAUGAUAGGUUCACAGCUGGAUCAAGCAACAAUCGAUUAUUUACUUGUCCCAUCUCCCUGUGGGAAAAAGUAUGUUUAUGAUGUGAAUUUGAUUUUGAGGUUAGGGAAAUCAUUUCUUCUUCAAGAAGGGGGUCAUUUAUCCCAGAAGAGUCACUUCACAAAGGUCGCCAAGUUGAUGGAUUUAUACCUUGCAGAAGUGGCUCCAGAUUUUCAUUUGAAACCUUCAAAGUUUGCAGCAUUAGUUAUGAUGUUGCCAGCGUCUGUGCGAGAAUCUCAUGACAGAAUUUACGAUGCCAUUGCUGUAUAUUUUAAGUGCCACCCUGGUCUAUCUGAACAAGAGAAGCUGACAAUCUGUUGUGCACUGAACUAUAAGAAGCUCUCAGCAGGACCUUUGAAACAAGCCUCUCACACAAAGUUCCCUUCCAGAAGAGCAGUUGAAGCUUUCAAGAAACAGCGAUCCAAGCUCAGAAGCGUACUCCAGGAAGUCUACUACAUCCGAACCAAGGAUAAGAAAGAGGAAAUUGAGUCAGUCCUACUUGACGCAAAGAGUCUUGAUCUCCCAACAGAGGCUCAGAAGCUCAGAGCAGAUUUGCAAAGGAUGCAUUCGAAGGCAUUGGAAUUGGGGAAGGUUUUCGGGACAAUGCAGAUACAAGUGACAAGUGUAAACAAAUCAAGAUUGCCCUUUCAGGCAACCAAUACUCGAUACUUGCCAAAACUCUUUCCAUAAUACAAAAUUUCCAACAGUUUGCCAUGUAGAUUUCUCAAGACCAAGAAAAUCAAUGCAAAUUCUUCUCCUUCCUUCCUUC